AUGAGAGGAUGCAGAAGCCACGGCGCCCUGCUCGCGCUUCUGCGGCGGACCGAGCGCCUCGCACCUUCAUCUGCCUUGCGCAUUUCGACAGAGUCUCCCUUGUGUUCCCUCUCACCUGAUGUUUCCGCCUCUUCCUCGCACCUGCUGGUGCCUCGGUCGUCUUGGGGGACUUUCUCGCUCUCGUCUCACGUCGCUCCGCCAGCGUGCCCUCGCUGCCUCCGCGCGCCUUCGCGGAGCUUGGCGCUCCCCAAACCCGCCCCGGCUUCGCGUUCUCUGCUUUUUCUUGCGAGGGAAGCUCGGGUGCCGCUACAGCACCAGUCGAUGGCUCCCUGCGCGGUGCGCUUCUGCAAGGUCUUCUUCUCCUCUGCGAGGGUUGCCCUUCUCCCUCGCGACUCUCACGCGGUUGGGACCUCUCUGCUCGGCUCCUCUGCUGUCGGAGUGGGUCGCGGACUCCUCCUCUGCGGCGUCUUUUCGCUUCUUGGUUUCUUCGCCGUCUGCCGCCUCGCUCCCGACGAGGCGCGGCAGUUCACAGUCGUUCGCUGCCUCCGCGCGGGCGGGUGUCUCGCAGGCAUCUGCGUGGACUACAAGCUCUGGGGCGGCAGCGACAUGUCUGGGUGCCAUGCGCGCUCCGCGCAGAGGCUUCUCCGCCUCGCUGAGGCGAACCGCGGCGUGUACGUCAAACUCGGACAGCAUGUGGCGGCGAUGUCUUACCUCCUUCCCCCUGCCUACACCGAGACUCUCGCCGUCCUGCAGGCAGGGGCUCCGACGUCUUCGCCGGAAGACGUGUUUGCAGUUUUGAGGAAGGAGCUCGGCGUUCGAGACCUCAGCGAGGUUUUCUCAGAGUUCGACCCGCAGCCCGUGGGAGCAGCUUCGCUUGCACAGGUUCACUUUGCGCGCCUCCGCGACGGCAGACCCGUGGCUGUGAAGGUACAGCACCGCGAAGUCGCGGAGCUCGCGCGGGUCGACACGCUGGCGGUGCAGAUCCUCGAAGGGGUCGCCGAGCGCGUCUUUCCUCAAGUGAAAUUGAAGUGGCUCGCGGAGCUGGUCGAGAAGAACUUGCCGGAGGAAGUUGAUUUCUUGAAGGAGGCGGCGAACGCCGAGAAGCUGAGUUCGCUGCUGAGUCGUCACGCAUCUCUCUCCUACGAUCUCCCAUCGUCUGUGACGUACAACUUUUUCGUCUCUUCGCUCUCCCUGUUUCACUUUUUUGACUCUUUCUGGUUGCGCUGGCGGCGGCCUGCGAGCGCCUCUCCGUCGUCGUCGCCUCCCCCGGAAAGGUCAGCCUCAGAGACGCCACCGUCGUCAGGCGCCUCGCCUCUCAAGCGCGAUCGGGAGCCAGGCCGACAGGAGCCUCACCUCUCCGCAGGCGAAGAGAACACCGUGAAUCACGAGGUCUCCCCAGCAGUCUUCCACGAGUACGAAAUUCAGCUUCGCGUGCCCGCCGUUCACCGCGAGCUCUCCACUUCGCGCGUGCUGAUCAUGGAGCGCGCCCCUGGCGUCCCAGCUGACGACCUCGCAGGAAUCACCAAGCAAGGCAUCCAUCCCCUGGCGGUGUCGCGGGCGCUGAAUCAGCUCUACGAGAUCCUCGUCUUCCGCGAAGGAUUUGUCCACGCCGACCCUCACCCCGGCAACGUCCUGAUUCACCUCGAGCGGGAAGCCGCGCCCGGCGAGCUCCCCGCGGCGCCUCUGAGAGACGCCUUCAAGCCAGAGAACGCGUCCGCCGCCACCUCUGCGCCGGUGGUUGUCUCUCCCUCUCCCGCCUCGGCGCCGGCAUCGGGCGCGGCGUCGGCUGCGGCGGUGGCGACUGCGCCGCUGGCGACCGUCCCGGCCGCAGACGCCGGGCGCGGAGCGAGGGCCUCGCGAAGAGGGUGCCCUACACUCGCGGUUUACAUUCUUGAUCACGGGCUGUACUGCCAACUUUCGCCGGCGUUUCGCGAGAACUACGCGCAGCUUUGGCUCGGGGUACUGCGGGGCGACCGCGCCGAGACUGCGGCCUCCUGCCGCUUCUUCGGCGUGGAGGAGCUCGCCGGUCUGCUGCAGAUAAUCCUCACUCUCAGGUCUGAAAGCAGCCUGGAGGGCGGCAUCACGCGCUCGAGGAAAUCGGUCGAGGAGGAUGCGAUGCUGCGAGCGAGUUUUCCUGAGUAUUUCACUCGCAUCACGGAGGUGCUGCAGUUGGUGCCUCGUGAGUUCGUGCUGCUGAUAAAGACGAACGACCUUCUGCGCGCGAUUCAAACGAAACUCGGCUUAGACGAGCGCCUGGCUCUGGUUCCCGUGGCGCAUGCGUCGCUGCUCCUGGCGACAGAGUGCAAGCUCCGCCGGAAUCAAAACGCGUCGGUGUUUUGGAGAUGGUGGGUUCUGCUGCGCCUCAAAGUGACUCUGUGGAGCUUGAGUCUCGCCGAGCGACUCCUGGCUCGGCGCGCGCUCCACGCCCUCGAGACGACAGCCGCCCACGAGAAAACGAAUUUGGCGCUGGAUGCCUUAAGCGGAGCGAUUCUGGCACUCUUGUAA